AUGCGUCUUUCUACUUUUUUCAUUUCUUCGCUGGCCGUUGCCACCUCUGCCGCGCCAACAUGGCCCAGCCUUCAGCUCAACGAUAUUGGUGACCCUCUUGGUGCUCUCAGUGCCGUGUCCCAAUACUUUAACCUCGUCGCCGACAAGGUCUCAGCCGUCAAGACCAUGAGAGGAUCCCCCAAAUGCGAUCUAUCAAAAGCCGAGAUGCCCACCGUGCUUGGUCUGCCUCCUCCCGCGCCUGGCUCCAAGCUUCGCCAUGUCGCCGUCGGCCGCGGAACACAAAACUAUACGUGCGACGGCAGCGCAGACUCCAAGCCCAAGGCCGUCGGCGCCGUCGCCACCCUCUUCAACGUCACCUGCAUGGCCGCCAUGUACCCGGAAGUAACCAACAAGAUUUCCAACAUGGCUGUCCACUUCGACCUCGACGCCGCCAACCGCGUCGGCCCAGCGACGCUGCCCGUUUCCGGCCACCAUUACUUCACAGCGGCCGGUGUUCCCUUUUUCGACAUCGGCGACGAGGGGCAGAUUCCAUGUGCCAAGAAUGCCAGCGCCGAUGCGCCGGACACGUCAACCAUCGGCCGCACGGGCGAGCGUGCGAUUCCUUGGCUCAGACUGCUGGCCACCAAGGACGCCACAAAAGGUCUGGGUGAGGUCUUUCGCGUAUCGACGGCCGGCGGUAGCCCACCGGCAACAUGCAAAGAUCGUACAGGUCCUUUCCAGGUCGAGUACUCUGCUGAGUACUGGUUCUGGUCGAAAUGA